AUGGAUAUUUCAACUAUUGGUGAAAUUGAUUCUUUGCCUGUAAGCUUUGCUAUGGAGAUUCAUAUCCAGAAAGCAUGCCUACUCCAUCUACUCCUGGCAUUAUCCAGUGCAGCCGCUUUAAAGAUUCUUUCAGAAACAAAGGCAGACCAACAGAAACAAUUGAGUGGCCUUUUGAAUUUGAAGAAGACUGUUAGGAGACAUCUUGAAGAAAUCAAGACUCAUAGG